GGGGCCUUGACGGACAGCCGUCAUCGCAACACCCAUCACCAUGACGGGGACAAAAGCAAUCACUUUGGGUCCCAAGCCAACAAAGGCAUGCGGUAAGAAGUAUUACUACGCAAAGGCUUGGGUUGAAUAGUGAGCUGAUCACCUUAUGUAGCCAAUUGCCGCAGGUUAAAGGUCAGACGCAGUUUCUAAUCCUGUAUGAUAUGACUGAGCAGGCUGAUAGUCCUAAGAUGAAAUGUGAGGUGGACGGGGAUCCCCCGUGUCGCCGGUGUCGACACACCAAGGCUGCCUGUGUCUUCAGGCCAAGAUCGAAUGCGGCAUCCGCAAUCCAUGACGUGGUGGCGCUGCAUCAAGGCGCACUGAACAAGGUUCAGGAUAUUGAUGCCAUUCUUGGCCGCUUGGACAGAAUUGAAAGUGCUCUCGGUAUCAGCAAAGAAAGUAUCUCCGUUACAGCAGUAAGCCCUAGUUCAGAUCAAGAUGAAGAUCUAGAGAACUUGUCUCUUCGUCCACUGUGGAAAGCUGUCAAGCAUCUGAGAAAGAUAACGCGGCCCGAUCAAGAUGAAGCUAUUUGGUCACGUCCAGUCAUUAAACACUUGUGGCACUCGUUUCUCAACAACCUACCGCUUCUACACUUUUUGAAGGAUCAGAGUGCAUUUGCAUCACCAUCACCACUUCUGCUUGCAUCAGUUCUAUUCAUCUCUGCUCUUCAUGGCCCAUCUAGGGACCUCUCAGAGUUUACGAAAGGCUAUUUUGUCGCGCAGUGCUGCGCAAUUACUGAGCUUGUCAAUCCAGAUCCAUUGCUCUGUCUAAGGGAUGGGUUGGAAGACACACCAGGAGGCCCUGGUCAGUCCUUGUAUACGGACCGUUCAAUGAUUUUCCAUAACAUCCUUGGCCUUAUCAUGGCGAGCUUGAGCUCAGAAGCUUAUGUUCCAACGACUGGCAUGUGGAUAGCCAUUGCUUAUCGCCUGUUGCUCGAUCACACCCCACGCGAUGUACACGACACAACUCUGAACUGGGCCGGCCUGUUCUCAGGCCUCCAGGUCAUCGAUAUCGAACACGCUUCUAUGCACAUGUGUUGUCCGCUACUGCCGGAACAGCCACCCAUACCAGCUCUCGCUCAGUUUAAUGCUCGUGAGGAGAAUGCGUUUCACAGGCUCAUCCAGAUGAUGCAUCAUGGUCUCAGCCAUUUUGUCGGAAGGGGACUCCCCACCAUAUGGUCCUUCGUGAGCGCGAGAGAGCGCGAAGUUCUAUCUCCAGUUAGAAUGCCCUUCACCGAUAAAGAUGGACAAGUCAUUCGACUCUGGGCCCGAAAGCUAGACGACUGGUUGGUCCGAUACAACGUAGCAUCGCAACCGUCUCCAUCCGAUCGUCAGGGAAUACUCAUCCUCCUCCAGUACCAUCUCCACAAGUUAUACGUUUUAUCGAUCUAUCACCCAGCUCGAGGAUUUGAUCUCGGAUCCACAGAUAUUGCGCCCGCUGAAAGGCAUGAACUAUUGGUCUCAGCCCGCGCAGUUCUACGACUUCGUUUAGACGACGCCAGCAUAUGGUCCAACUGGGAUCUAAUAAUGGUAACCUUCGCAGCCAUGCUGUUGCUCCGAGGAAUCGAGGACGGUAUGUCCCACCAAGACGACCUCCUCCUGAUCGAAAAACAUAUCGACGGUUUGAAAAGAGAUCAUCCAUCCAUACCAAGUAUCCAUAACAUACUGGCAAAUCGACUGGAAUCGGGAUUGCAAAGCAUGCAUACACCACAGGAGAUUGGAUCCGACUUUGCAAUUCCCGGCCCGGGUGCAGAUUAUUCUUGGGCGAUCUUUGAUCAGGAGAUCCUGUCGCUCGCAAACCCGCCGUGGCUUCUUGAAGGACUCCCUGUUGGGGAGGUGCAAAAGCCGGAUGACCAUCAAAGUGGGUUGUCAGCACGGUAUGAUUAUGCUUUGACGCAGGGAGGUCCGAAUGCUGUAGCUGGCAGUAGCAGUACUAUGCAGAGUGGGUAUCGAAUGUGAUUGUAUUCGUUUUUGGUCAGUUAAGGCAUCAACAUGAAAGAAACGAUUGGUAUUGGAAUCGUGCACGGUAAAAAUGUUUUGGGAUACGGUUUUCAUAGGCUUAUAAAUCGAACUUAUGGGGGGUGUUUAACGAAUUCGAGAAGGCAUUACAUGGAUUCCGUCUGCAUCUUGUAGCAUUCUG